AUGCUGAUGGAUGCUCGUUUGAGACAUGAGACGCAUGCAGUGAUUCGAGUUGGUGGAAAUUUUCAAGCUGAUCUCCCGCUGUACGAAGGUGAACCACCACAGUCGAUACUUUCAAGUGAAUCUAAUCAUGAAGUCGUUUUAUGGCGUCCGAUAGAUGAAAGUUUAAAGGAUCAAUUAGAGAAAUUCAUAAGAACAGCUAGUGAAGAAUAUUCUUAUACAGAAGAACAGGCUCUUGCCUUACUUACAUGGCAUCAGCUUGAUUUUGAUGAGGCUGUAGAAGAUCUUUGCAAUUAUACACCAAUUCAAUAUGAAUGGUCAAAUUUAGAACGUGAAAUAUUCUUCACUUGUGUUGCUCAUUAUAAUAAACAAUUUCAUAAAAUUAAAAAACAUUUUCCUAACCGUACAGUCAAUGAAUUGAUACUUUUCUAUUACUCGAAUAAACGAAAUCAACAAGCAUUGCUUGAAAUGGGUUUAAACGGAUCUAAAUGGUCUUGUCUACAAAAAAUUGGUCAUUUAGUGCCGGGUAUUUCAUCACGUAUGAAUAAUAAUAAUAAUAACAAUGAUGAUAGUAAUCAAAAAUACGACUUCGAAUUCGAUAUGAACGAUCCAUUAGAGGUUGAAGUCAAACGAUAUCUUGAUAUGAUGCAUGGAAUAGUUCCAGAAUCAGCCGAAGAAUCCAUUGUUAGUACAGAACAAGGCACUAGUCUAAGUGGUACUCAGUCAGAGUGUGAAACAGAAACACAUACAUCAUAUUCAUCAUUAUCAAUAGGUUGUGGUGACGGCGGUGGUGGGGUUGAUGGUGUAAACAUUGAAACUGUUGAGCAACACAGUGAUCAACAAAGUCGAUCAAGUCUAGGUUCUGUAACACAUAGUCUUGGACAUUGUAGCCGACAACGAGGACAACGUCGACGACGAUAUUGUCGUAAAGCAGUUGGAAGUAAAACAACGCGUAGUGCUGCUGCCACCGCUAGCGCUGCCGGUGUCUCUUCCUCUUUUGACCUCUUCUCCAGUGAUAUUGUUUCAGUGAAUCGUUUAUCUGCACGUAAAUUUGCUCAACUUGAAAAAGAGAUUUCAGCGGCAAUAGCUUCUUUUAAUAAUAAUACUAACAAUAAUAAUAAUAAUAACAAUGGUCAAUCGUCGCUACAUGGAGUUAAAUCUAAUGAAGGCAAUACUUGUGUAAAUUCUAGUUCACGUAGUUCACGCAGAGGAAUUCUAUGCAACACAAAGUCAAGAGCUACAUUACCCUCUGGAAUUUAUUAUUCACAUAGAGAAUUUCUGCGUUUCUGUGAUUCUACGCCAGCUGAACGUGAACAAGAAAUGGAUGAAUUAAAUACUACAAUACAAACUUUAUCUGAACAAAUAGAAAAGGAAAAGAAACUUGCUGAAAGUAAAAGUGAAUUACUUAAAGAUAUGGAAGCUUUGCGGCCUCCUUCUCUGCCUAUAGAUCCUUAUUGGUCCACAGUGGAUAUUCAACUAGUCUCUCAUGCAAUCGGUGAUUUAGGACUUGAUUAUGAGGCGAUUGCUGAACGUUUAAUCAAUAAAACACCCAGUAUGGUAGCUAAUUACGUGCAAAUGUAUGGUCAAUAUCUUAAUCUCCAUGAGUUAGCAUCAUUAUCGCCGAUGAUUUUGCUUUAA